GUUCAACCGUUUAAGUCAGCUACGUCUAAUUUUUUGCUGCUCUCCCCCUUCCGGCCCGGUCCGCAAAAUAUCGUUUUCGCAGUGCGUCCGGUUUAAACGGCUUCAAAAUUAACUACUCAAAGUACCAUCACAACGCUAUGUCCCUAUCGGCCAUAGCCAAGCCGAUACUCUAUUCGUAUUGGCGCAGCUCGUGCUCAUGGCGCGUGCGAAUCGCGAUGAACCUAAAGGAGAUACCCUACGACAUCAAGCCUAUCAGUUUGAUCAAGUCGGGUGGCGAGCAGCACUGCAAUGAGUACCGUGAGGUCAAUCCUAUGGAGCAGGUGCCAGCACUUCAAAUCGAUGGACACACAUUGAUCGAAUCCGUCGCCAUUAUGCACUACUUGGAGGAGACACGUCCGCAGCGUCCGUUACUUCCACAGGACGUCCACAAGCGGGCAAAGGUGCGUGAAAUUAUUGAGAUAAUUUGCUCCGGCAUUCAGCCGCUUCAAAAUCUCAUCGUGCUCAUCCACGUGGGCGAGGAAAAGAAGAAGGAGUGGGCACAGCAUUGGAUAACACGCGGCUUUCGUGCCGUAGAGAAGGCUCUUUCCACCUCAGCCGGCAAAUACUGUGUGGGCGAUGAGAUAUCCAUGGCGGAUUGUUGCCUUGUGCCACAAGUGUUUAAUGCCAGAAGAUUCCAUGUGGACUUGCGCCCAUAUCCGAUUAUAUUACGCAUUGAUCGCGAGCUGGAAAGUAAUCCAGCAUUCCGGGCUGCUCAUCCUUCCAAUCAGCCGGACUGUCCGCCGGAGCUGCCCAACAAAUAGAAUUUUCCGACGACAACUGCAAAGCGCCGUAAAACCAAAAAGUGAAUUGCAGUUCGUAUCACAAACCAAUUGAAAAAAAAAGAAAAACAAAAAGAAAGUUCAAGAAUACGAAAGCGAAAAUAUGUUUGAUUGAAGUUAAAAAAUCAGUUGGAGUAUAUUUCAUUGAGAUAAACAGUCGGAUGUGAUUUAAAGAAUUGCUAACAGCAUUUAAUUAUGCACUAUUGCAUACAAAUACAAUACUAUCAAUGAACAAAAAUAACACUUUGAAUGCAUUGCAAAAGAAAGAGAAACGAAAAUCAAUAUUAAUAUUUUCAGUACAUUUUAGUUUUCCUCAGUUCUCAAUGUGAAAAUGGUCUUAAAGAUGAACUCAUGUAUGAUUAACUUAUUUUUAUGAAUUUUAUUUAGGCUAACAGAAACAAAACAAAAUCAAGGAGAACUCAAAACGAAAAGCAAAAUUAACUUCAGGGAUUUAACUUAAAGAAAAAAAAAAAACAAGAAAAAAAAAAACAAACUAAUUUUAAUGCAUAGACAUACAUAUACAUUCUAUAAACAAAAUCGAGUAUAUCUAAACACGUAUUAGUAAGACAAGUUGGGCGCUUAAUAAAGAAACUUUUUGAAAAGUACAAAACUUCAGUCAACGAAGAAGUGAACUCCACUAGCAGGCAUUCAUAUUAUAAACGAGCAGCAAGAAACCAGAUAAUUCAUAAGUAAAGAACAAAAUAUACAAACUAUAUACAACACCGUAGAUUUCUAGAGGUCUCUAAAAUCUUAAUAUGUACGAGUAUAUAAAAACAUAAAUGUCUCUUAGCUACAAUGUGAACAAAUCAAUUGUAAAAAUCUGCUAUUCUUUCCAUUCAAUUUAAAGCACAAAAAAAAAACGAUAAUCCAUUAAUUUAUAUGCAUAAUAAUAAAAAUUGUAUUUUUACUCAAGUUCUAUAAAAAGAGCAGUUUAAGAAUUUUCGAGAAUUUCUAUUUUGUAAAGGAUCUUUGCUCCACUGUAAAAUUAAACGAAUCGCCUGAUUUCGCAAACUCGUACAAACCAAUUGAUUGCAUAUGACUAUGUUAAUAUCCAUAAUAUUGUAACAGUUCCAAAUAUUAACUACAUAUUUAAUGAAUAAACUUCUAACUAAACUUA